AUGGCGUCCACGGAAAAGAAUGAGACGCACGAGGUCGAAGAAGCCGUCCCUGAUCCGUCCAGCCCAGAAAAGGUCCAGGUCGAGUCCGGCAUCAACACGGCUGCCUGGGACAGCGACACCACGCCCGAAUACAAGGCCCUGGACCGCCGUGUGCUGUGGAAGCUCGAUCUCUUCAUCUUGCCCGUCAUCUCCAGCGUCUACUUCUUUGCCUCCAUGGGCCGCUCGGAUCUGGCCAACGCGGCAGUCGCGGGCAUGCCGGAGGAGCUGGGCCUCAGCGCACAGGCCUACUCCAACGCGGCCACCAUGUUCCUCGUGUCCUACAUUGUCUUCCAGCUGCCCGGCACGCUGCUUGUCCGCGCCAUUGGCCCGCCGUGGCAGUUCUUUGGCGCCAUGGUGCUCUGGGGCCUGUUCACGGCCUUGAGCGUGGUGAUCCACUCGGCCGGGGCCCUGCUGGCCCUGCGCUUCCUCAUCGGCAUGGCCGAGGCCUUUGUCCAGGGCGCCGUCUUCUACCUGUCGUUUUUCUACCAGUACCACGAGCUCGCCACGCGCAGCGCCAUCUUCUAUUCGACGUCGACUGUGGCCGGCGCCUUCAACGGCCUGAUUGCGUACGGCAUCGAGAAGAACCUGGACGGCGCCCACGGCUGGCGUGCGUGGCGCUGGAUUUUUUUGAUUGAGGGCAUCCUGCCCAUCGCUUUUGCCUUUGUCGUCCUCGCGUUCCUGCCGCCCAGCCCCUACAAGAUCCGGUUCGGCUUUACGCCCGAAGAGAAAGCCCACAUCGCCGUGCGCGCCGCGGCCGCGCACAACGUCGGGGACAGCGAGUACAAGCUCCAGUGGACGCGCGUGCCGCUGAUCCUCCUGAGCCCGCACUUUUGGCUCAUGGCUGUCAUUUCGUCGGCCGGCCACUUUUGCGUCUCGUCCAUGAGCAACUUUCUUCCGUCCAUCAUCAAGAGCUUCGGCUACACCUCCGUCAACGCGCAGCUCUUCUCCGUCAUCGUCUACGUUUGUGCCGGCUUCGGCGUCCUCUUCUGGGCCCGCAUCGCGGACAAGACCAACGCCCGCAGCGCCACGCUCGGCGCCUCGAUCGCCGUCAGCAUCGUCGGCUAUGCCAUCCUGAUCGGCACCACCAACACCAAAGUGCGCUUCUUUGCCACCUGCCUCGUUGCCUUCUCCGUGUAUCCCAACAUCGUCCUCCAGCUGUCGUGGGCCACCAUCUCCUUUGCCGGAUACACCCGGCGCGGCUCGUCGCUGGCGCUCUUCAACGUCAUCUCCCAGUGUGUGUCGAUUGGCGCCAACCAGGCCUACAACACGCCGCCCUAUUACCACAAAGGCCAGGCGUCGUCGCUGGCGCUGUGUGGUGUUGGCCUGGUCUUCACUGUCUUGACGCGCCUCUACCUGCAGUAUGAGAACCGCCGCAAGCGCAGCAUGAGCGAGGAGGCGCGCGCCGCCCUGCGUGUCAAGGGCAUUGAGGAGCUCGGCGAUCGGCACCCAGACUUCUUCUAUACUCUGACUGACGUUGUUCCGUGUCUAGCAGCCUCGUACCGUCUUGUAAUAAUUCACUUUGUCUCCCAUAAGAAACGCAUAACGCACACCGUCAUCGUGGAAGCCUCCCGCCCCCCUUUAAUCAAUCCCCGUGUCGUUGCGGCUCCGGUGUGCAUCGGCAAACGCAUAGAUGCGUUCCCUGUCCCGGCAGGCGUGCACGACGCCCCAGCCGUCGACGCCGCGCACGGUCGUCUCGUGGCCGGUGGCGGUGCGCACGCGCCGCGCGCCCUCGAGCGUGGUGUCGCCGUGGCACAGGAGCGUCUGCCGCAAAUAGUCGAAGCAGUGGUCCAUGUGGUGGUCGGCGACCUGGUCCUCGCCGAGGGCGAAGCGGAGGUACUCGUUGUCGGAGGCGUUGGCGUACCAGGCCUGCAGGCGGACCAUUUUGGACUUGAGGGCGGCGAGGCAGUGCAGCUGGUGGUAGAGGGCGACGGUGUACUCUUCGGCGGGCGACGGGGACGUCGUGGACAUUGUCGUGGUGGUGGUGGUGGUGGAGACAUCAUCGCCCGACAGCGGGAAGCCACCGGCGAGACCCCAGGCGGCGGGAUCGGCAAUCGCAAUGUGGCCUUUGCCGGCUGCAGGGAGGGGUGGCGCGGGCGAGAGAGCACGGGUGAGUGGAUGUCAUGA